UUCACAACCUCACACUGAGAAUACAACCUUAGAUUCUCCGAGCGAGAAACCUAUUUUUUCUCUAUAAUACAACAACACACAGAGACUGAGACUGUCGUGGAUUUGUAUUAUUGUUGGUUGUACCCAUCAUGGCUAUGCCUCCAGAUUUCAUUUCAGGUAGGUAUGCCUUCACUCUCUCGCUUUUUAGAUCCCUUCUUUUUCUCCUUAAUGGGAAUUUUGGCACUAUCUCUUUCCAUGUUUUUUUACUGUUCCCUCUAACUUCUGAAAUCUUUCCAUGUGUACAUGCUACAAAGGACUAUAUUUUGGAUUCUGAUUUUGUUUGUUGAGAAAAUGCCCCGGAAUUUCAGAAUAUAGUUCAACUCUGAACAUUAGACGCAUUGCUUUGUACCCAGUGUUGAGAUCACUACUUCAUUCUCUAGAUCGUCUUCGUUUGCUUGUUUCUCGCUCAAAUGACGAUGUGGGUCUGCUUUUUCUCCUCACUCUCUGCUGUAAUGUUUGACUUUUUGAGCGCAAUGUGUGUGCCAUCGGUGCUGUUUGUGAUCUUUUUGCCCCCCCCAAAAUCACAAGGUUCCUGAAGUUCUCUUUUUCUGUGUUCUUUUUUAAUUUUAUUGGAUGCUAGUUUUCUGCUUGAUUGGUGCCCGAAAUAGUCGUGGAAGCUUCUUCUUCUUCUUCUUCUUUUACCAAUAAUGUAUUUGAUUUUUCAAUGUUGGACAUUCUUUAAUCUACCCAAAUUGAAUGCCAACUUGUUAUUAUGUAUGACCUCAGGCCAUUUCCGUUUACUUCUUAGUUUUUAAUUCGGAAUAAUGGAUCCAGGGUCUCUUGUUUCCUGGAUUACAGAUUGGCACAAGUUUGAAUAAAAGUGAGGCUUGACUCUGGUGGAUGUUGACGUAGUGUUGGUCUUUUCUCAUAGUGUAUGAUUUUUUUGAGAAAAUAAAAGGCCAACAAUUCAGAGACCAGACUUUAGCUCUCUUGCCUGCCUUGUGCACCAAAAAUUGUUCCACUUCAGGAAUUUUAUGUGUGUACCGAAGUUUAGUAUUAGCGUUGCUUCAUUUAUUUAUUUAAAAUCAGCGUACUUUUGGUCUGAGGAUGCAUAGAAUUUACUGGAGGACAGGUGGUGAGGAGAUAAAAACUAUGAUUGAAUGCUGCGUGUAAAGACUUGUCGACAUGCGUUCUUGUAUAGGAUCACUUUGACAGUUUGACUUGUCCAGCACCAACUUCUGGUACUACCGUUGUGUGAAUUCUCAAGAAUUCUUCCACAGAGGGUAGAUGGGCUCUAGAAUCCCAUCUCAUCAGCUAAGCAAUGGCCUCUAUGUAUCAGGGCGGCCAGAGCAGCCCAAAGAAAGGACUCCAACAAUGACCUCAACAGCCAUGCCAUAUACUGGCGGAGACAUAAAAAAAUCAGGAGAAUUGGGAAAAAUGUUCGAUAUUCCUGUUGAUGGCUCUAAAUCUAGGAAAUCUGGACCAAUAACAGGUGCUCCUUCAAGGACAGGAUCGUUUGGAGGAGCUGGUUCACAUUCUGGACCAAUCCAGCCUAAUGCUGCUGCUCGAGCUGGCUAUACUACUUCAGGUCCAAUGUCUUCUGGUGGCAUGGCUGGUUCAACUUCACUAAAGAAAUCAAAUUCAGGGCCACUGAAUAAGCAUGGGGAACCUGUUAAAAAGUCUUCUGGUCCUCAGUCUGGUGGAGUAACACCAGUUGGGCGUCAAAAUUCUGGACCUCUUGCUUCUGUUCUUCCCACAACAGGUCUCAUUACAUCUGGGCCCAUAUCAUCUGGCCCACUAAAUUCUUCUGGGGCCCCUCGGAAAGUGUCGGGUCCUUUGGAAGCAACUGGUUCAAUGAAGCUGCAUGGUUCUGCUGCUGUUCACAGCCAAGCUGUGACUGUUCUCAAUCAAGAUGACGAAUAUUCCUUCAGAAGGAAUUUCCCAAAGGCGAUGUUAUGGUUAUUAAUUCUGCUUUUUGUGAUGGGUUUCAUUGCUGGCGGUUUUAUUCUCGGAGCAGUGCACAAUGCCAUUCUCCUUAUUGUGGUUGUGGUUCUCUUUGGCUUAGUUGCUGCCUCUUUCACUUGGAAUACUUAUUGGGGAAGAAGAGCUAUUAUGGGCUUUGUUACCCAUUAUCCGGACUCUGAGCUUAGAACUGCAAAAAAUGGGCAAUUCGUGAAGGUCUCUGGGAGGCGUGUGGUUGACUUUUACAUCUCGGAUUUCCAGUCUGGUUUAAGGGCAUUGGUUAAGACUGGGCAUGGAGCAAGAGUGACCCCUUAUGUUGAUGACUCAGUUCUCAUAAAUGUAAAUCCAACCAAAGAAGAGCUGUCACCAGAGUUUCUCCGCUGGUUGGGAGAAAGAAACCUUUCAAGUGAUGAUCGCAUCAUGCGGCUGGAAGAAGGGUACAUCAAAGAAGGAAGCACAGUUAGUGUAAUGGGAGUUGUCCAGAGGAAUGAGAAUGUGCUUAUGAUUGUUCCUCCACCCGAACCAAUCACUACAGGUUGCCAAUGGACCAAAUGUAUAUUUCCAGCUAGCCUCGACGGUAUAGUUUUAAGAUGUGAAGACACAUCCAAGAAUGAUGUGAUUCCGGUUUAACAUUAUGUGCAACAAGAAUGUUUGUAGCAUCUUCUAAUUGGCGUUCUUAGAUAGUAUUCUUUUCCCCUCUAUUAUUAGUGGCGGUGGAAUAUCAUAUUGACAGAUUAAUAUAGAUUAAGAUGGAAAAGUUGUGCGCGUGUGCGUGUUCUUUUUCUCCUAUAAAUUGUUGUAUAGUUCUGGUUGGUUUGAUGUUCUUGUAGGGUGUGUAAACUUUGGUAAUGUUUGAUGCAGUGAAAAUUCUUACAUGUAUGAGCAUAUUGUGAUUAUGCUAACAUGCUAAAUAGAAUACAAGUUUUCAUGUGUU